CAAAGAGUACAUAUACUUGCUGUUCAGAAAAUGACUAGAACUUGUCAAAGAUUGUUACAUUUCUUAAAAAUAAUGUCAGGUCUUAUUUUCUGAUUUGAAGAAGUGAAAAUAAUAUGGACAAUAAAUGGAUAGGACUAAUCUACUUCAUAAUUUUAAGACAAUCAAUAGCUUUCGAUGAAGAGAAUAUGAAUGAAUCUCUCAAGGAGACAUCACAAGUGGAAGUGAGAGCUGUGUUCAUAAACUGCGAACCAGUACAGGAAGUAAGCGUAGCACCAGAUAGCGACUCGAUGCGUUUCGAGCGAGAAGAACUCUUCAAGCAUAGUGUACUACGCGACUGCUACAAAAAGUUGGCAGUCACUGUCAAAAUAGUUAGCGAGCCCGAACAAAAUUCAGGAGAUGAAUACUUACCCAUUGAACACGUCUUCGAGGGAUCUAAUAAGAAGCGCAUUCGUCUCCUCGACCCGUACAUACUCCGUUUGCGCAGAGAACAACCACUGCAGGCGUACAAAUUGCGAAGAGUUGAUACCAUCAGCGGUAUUUUGCUUGAUUCUGAAGGUACAACAUUUACCGGAAAUAUCAAACACGUAAAAAGUCGUAUAGAGCGCGACAUAGGCCACUCCGGGAAAAUGGCUCGAGGCCCAAAUGUUGAGAUAGAGCAGACAGAACAGACACGUACUAUUCCAUUGACUCCAGAAAGUAUCCAACCGCUUCAACCUACUACACUAUCCUUCACGGAGUUUGCGUCACAGGGAUCUCGAAGUUGUGCUAAUUCUCUUAAUGAAAUAUGUACAAAUCAAAUGAACACUACUCUAAGUAAGCGCAAGAAACGCAGCGAACAUAACAUUGUGGUGGAAGAAGCCAGUGAUGACAAUAAACAGUGGAAGUCAAAAGAACGUUAUUACCAAAUAUCAGAACCUGAAAGAGAUUCGGGUGAUAUCUUUGAAGAGAGACCCAUUGAUGACGAUAUUCAUCAUAGACUAGCGUUCGGUAACCAUAAAAAAGAGUCGGCAGGGAUGGCUGUCACUGAACCUCUGCCAGACGAAAGUGACCAUCAUAAGAAAAUGCGUACUCGCACCUUAAAUACUGAUUCUAAAGCAGGGAGGAAUAAAAAUUCAGAAAAUCUUAGAACGAACUCUCCCUCUAUAAAAACUAAGGAUAUUAAAACUUCGAUGGCUGAUAAGCGAUUUGAUGAUAGAUAUGGUGAAGUUGAUGAUUAUAAUAAUAAUGUUGAACGCGAAGAAGCCGAGCGAGAUUACGCUGUUUAUGAAAUAGGUCAUCCGGAAUUAUGGUAUACGGUCCACGUACAAUUGUUUGAAAAAUUAAGCACUCCAGAUGGGAAAACAGUUUGGAAUGACUUGACCAAAGGCGAACAAGCCAGUGUAAGUUCACUGUCACCCGAGUGGAUUGGCCAAGACCUGACUGUUCGGUAUCGUCCCGGUGAAUGGAUCCCUAGAGAAGAAUUUUCUUUGCCCACGAGUAACUUGUGCCUCCUAGCUCCGAUACGAGGCUCUGAUAGCGUGCCUUACAAUGUUGAAAACGGGAACAUAACAAGUGGUAUUUCUGAAGAUGGAGGCUACGUUGUCCUUCCUCAGGAAGACGUCAUGGGAUUGAAGGACGAUGAUAACAUCUUCAAACGAAACGAUAACGGUUCGGACUCAGAUGAUAAUCCAAAACCAGAAGAACUAAGUGAGCGCAACGAACAGGGUCAUCGAAGAGUAGUCGUCCGUACAUCAAGGGCUUUAUUGAGUGGAAGCGAAGAGAAAGUAAAUAUUGCCUUCCAAGGCUCCGAUAAGUAUCUAACGCUGCCACAUCGACGUCCACAUCACGCGCAAAUCGAUUUGGAAGCAAGAGCUGAUGAAAAUGAGCUCGUUCGAAUUGGCGCAUCUGGGCGUAUUGCAAUUGCUGUAGCAGAUAGCACACGAAGAACGCGCACAAUAAUAACACUGCAAGUUGGUAAUACGGGACUAGCUGCGGCACGAUUCAGAGUCAUAACGAGGGACUGUGGGCCAGCUUUGUCCGACUUCGUGAAUGAGAAAAAUAAACAAUUGACGAUGGCUGGACCUGUGCUGAUCCCGCCGCGCCAUACAAGAACUGUGCGACUAGAGCUACCAGUCGAGAUUCCUAUCGAUGUCGCCCAUUGUUCCGUCUCAUUAGUGAAUGAUGAAGAGAAGUCGAUAGCUGUAAGAGAAGUGGCCAUAAAAAAGGGAGACCGGUGCUUUUGCGUCUGGCAUUGCGACUGUGUUUGUCUAACGGAAGAUCCCAGGCUCCUCUGCCGAGAGAUGCCAGAGGCUCGGCAGUCGGCCGCAGGGCUCUCGAGUCGCGGCAGAACUCGGCAUGCUCGCUCGUGCUGUUACCGUGACGUUGUAUCACUCAACGUAUUCGUCGUCUUUGCUGGCGUUAUUGUGACGCUUUUAUUUUUUGGUUGCUUAAAAGCAUUUCUGGGGCUUAUCUUUAGUUGUAUCGGCUCUUGGGGUUUGUGUCAUAUAGUCCAGGUGCCCCGUAAACUUGAUCAUUACUACGAAGCCAGCCUAAAAUGUCGCCCCGUUGAAUACGAUUGUGAGGGCUAUGCAAUUCAUCCCGAUACAAAGGAGAGGACUGUUCGUAUGUUCAGCAGAACCAUGGAAUUUAUACUAAAUGUGAUAUUCUUUGUGACUGUGCCUUGCAUUAUCGUUGCGGAAUCGAUCAAGGGGUUGAUCUCACAUUUUAGAAGCAAGAAAACAGACAAUGGUGGUAGGAUGUCAUGCCAGAGCAAUAGUAAAAAGUGUUUUAGCACACAGGACAUGCAGGGGAUGGCGUUGCGCUGGCGGCGGCGUCGCGGUGGCCUGCGUAGGUGGAUGACACCUCAGGCACAGGAACUAUCUAAAGAACUUUGGAAGGAAGGGCUCUCGCCGGUCAAAUGCGAAUUUAUGCGGCCGCUGCUACGGGAUAUCCGGCACGAGCCUUCAUUGCUCACCGAGACGCGCUGCCCCGACUCAUGCGCCGACUCCGAGCAAGACGACACGGACUACGUCCUCACUCAGAUGCAGAAGAGUAGAGAAUCACUUUCUGUGAGGUUUUUCAUGCAAACAUUAAUGCUACCUUGUCAUGUACAUAAUUGUGCUACCUUGUCAAGCAGCUUUCAUCGUCAUUUCUUCAUCCAUUUCUUAUCAGGUAGCUUUCGUAUAAAUACCUACACAAAGAGUCUUUGACCCUUCCUUGAGCUUAAACAAGGUAGUACCUAGGUCAGUUCUUCUAAAUAUUUUUUGAAUACUUGCAGCUUGUAUUUACUAAACUGCCAAGAACAUACGUAGCCCUUUUUCGCCCUUCUUGUAUGUACGCAUGUAAUGUUCUUCGUCAUACGUAGGACUUUCAGGAUAACGUUGGAUUCUCCUUGGUUACCCAAGUGUUCUUAGAAAUUAUUUAAAAUAUAAUUAGGUACCUACAUGGUGUUUAUAGUAACGCCGUGCACUCAUCAUCCUCCUGACUUCAGGUAUUCCAAUUUUUUGGGGGUGGCGCAGCAUACCCAUUUUCUUCCAUACCCUUCGGUCUAUCGCAAUUUCACAAGUUACAUUAUCUAAACAACACAUUGUAUAAAACAAUCCAUCCAUCGUUUCUUUGGUUCCUUCUCUAUACCUACCUAUCCAUCGUUCGUUCAUACUCAAGUAGUUAAGAACAUAACAUGACUGCCAAGAAAAGUUAUGUAUAUGUAACAUGGCACACCACUAGGGCUGCCAUCCGUCCGGGUUUCCCCGGAUUUGUCCUCGUUUGGAGCCCGUCCGGGGGCCGUCCGGGUGGGUUUUGAAGAAGUUUCCGGGGAAAACCCGGACCAUUGUGUCAAAUUAAAAAAUAAUAUGAAAAUGAGGUCUUGUUUUUUACAUAUAAUUUUUGGUCUCUUCCGGCGAA